AUGAACUUCACUCAUAUCCUUGCCGUUCUCGCGACCAUCGGUCUUGCCAGUGCUGCACCAGCCAAUAGUGAUCCAUCGCAGUGCACUACGGCUCAGGCCAACUCUUGCUGCACCAGCUUGACCAACGGCAUCUUGAACGUGAACGUGCUUCCAGCACUUUGUGUCCCCCUCGUUGGAAACUGCAACAACCAGGCCGCUUGCUGCGAGACUAAUGGAAUUGGUCUUCUGAACUGCCUUACCGUCCAGGUCUAG